UAACGCAUCUUCUUCAAUGAAAUGGAAAUUAGUCUUGAGUUAACGUUGCCGGCAUAAAGUCGACCAGGAUAUUCCAGCAGUUAUCAACACCACGUGUUAAUCGGUUUCAGUUCAAAAUUACCUCACCAGUAAUACAAUUUAUUUUUCCAGAAAUACAAUUAUAUUAUUGGGACAGUAAUUUUGCUUUGAAUAUUUUAAAUUGCAAGUGAUACUGAACAUUUUAAUCAUGGAAGUUAUCUGUGUAUCACGAACUCCUAGGAAGGGAUCUAACGAACUAGGCAUCUCUUUUGACAGAGACCCUGAUGUUAAAACAUACAAAGAGAUACAGCGAUCACUUAAACGGUAUCUACGCAUCAAAGCUUCCUCGUUUAAUGGAACGACGCAGCUCCAUGUCGCUUGUAAAGACGGUAACAGAAGACGAGUAAAACAAUUACUUGCUAAAUCAAGUAUUGAUCCAAAUGUAGAAAAUAACAAGGGUAUUAAACCAAUUCAUCUUGCUAUUUUAUACGACCAUUUAAAAAUAGUAGAGACACUGCUGGUUUUCGGUGCUCACGUAGAUACCCUAUUCAAACUACCACUUUACCAUAAAAUCAAAGACGAUUUACCAUGGGCUAAAGAUUUUGGUGAUAAAAUAACACUAUUGACGCAUGCAAUAAUUUGUAACAACGUUGAUUUAGCAAAACUUUUGAUUGAUCACGGCGCUGAUUUAAAAAUUAGAAGCCGUUCUAAUAGAACAUUACUGAUGUGUGCCGUAAAUGGACACUGCUUAGAAAUUAUAAAACACAUGCUGCCAAAAUUAACUCGGCAUGAAGUAAAUUACCGUGACAACGAAGGUAUGAGUGCGAUACAUUUUUUGUUAACAAAAGAACAAUUCGGAAAGUGGCGUUACAACCAUGUUCAAACAUGUUUGGAUUCGACCAAAGGUUCUAUUUUGAAGUUACUCAUCAAACAAGGAGCCGAUAUAAAUGCAACAAUAAAAGGAGAUCCGAGUACACUGCUUAUUAAUAUGGCAGCUUACAGAGCUCUGCCGACACUGAUACGAAUUCUACAGCCAAGACAAACAUUUUCAACGAUAGCUCGACCCUUGUCUUACGCAUUAAUACCAGACCAUCUAAGUACUGAGAUAAUUAAUUACCUGGAGCGUAAAAACAAUUCAAGUAUUCAGUGUACACGUCACCAUCACUUGGAUUAUCCUCCUGACACUCAUAUCAAUUGCAAAACUCAUUUUAAACUUUAUAGUUAUCUUUGUAUUAGAAUGAUUUUGAAUGAUCUCCGUUGCCGACUUGCGUUUGGUUAUCCGAUACAUGAAGAUGAGUCGAAAGGACUGAAAACUUUAAUUGAAAAGUCAGACAAGCAUAGAUUUUACGUAGCACACGUGGAUAAAUCAAUACCUAGAUUAUUACAAUGGCUCGAUAAUACGGUAAUAAGUUAUGGUGAUAAAAAUAUAUCACUUUAUAAACUUGUUAAAAGUAACAGAAGAGAACUUGAGAUAUUGAUUAACGAUCAAAUAUUUUUUCAUGCUUUCGAAUCAUUCGACUGCGACUGGAGACUCGAGGAUUUUUAUUUUAUGGUUCAACAGCGGGUUCUAGACAUUAAAGAACGUCGAGAACUUUUGAACGAUUUUCGUACACUAUUUCUUGAAUUAAGGAAUAAAAUAAAUAUCCCAUUUGAUUGUCUAUGGGAAAUCGUAAAGUAUUUGAACAAUGAAGAAUUGACAAAUUUUUUAAAUUGCUUUAUCUACACUCCCCUGAAUGAUAAAUUAAUUGAUGUCAAUAUCACUGUAAAUAGAGUUAAUAAUGAAAUUCUUGAAUAUUUUAAUGUACAUAAUAGUCUUCUAGUUAUUCUGUGAAUAUACUGAAUUUUAUCAAAAUUAUUCAAUUCACGCUAUUUAUUUUUAUUUAACUUGACUGGAAUCAUGUUAUAGACCUAAUUAAUGUAAAAAAAUAG